AUGCACAAAACCAACAAUGCUGAGCUGACCGAGUCCAUCAACUCCAUGUUUCAGUGGUAUAGCGAUGCUGCCCUCUGUUUAGUCUACCUGUGCGAUUACGAUAAUUCCGCCUCCCCGAGCGACCGGAACGCAAUGUUGCGCGGUGCCCGCUGGUUUAAACGCGGAUGGACACUGCAGGAAAUUGUAGCGUCGCGAACCGUACACUUCUACGACCAUGCCUGGCGCUGCUUCGGCACGCAGGAAACACUACGAGACGAGCUGGCAUCCAUUACGGGCAUCGACGCAAGCUUCCUUUCGUCGCAGCAGCAGCCAGGGGCUGUGGAAAUCCGUGACCUUCUCGACGCUUUACCAGUUGGUCGACGCAUGGCGUGGGCUGCAGGCCGACAGACCACCAAACCGGAAGACAUGGCGUACUGUUUAAUCGGACUGUUCGAUGUCAGCAUGCCCAUGCUGUAUGGCGAGGGUGCAGAGAAGGCAUUCUUCCGUCUACAAGAGGAGAUCAUCCAUAACAGCAACGACCUCAGCCUCUUCGCGUGGACGGCAGUUAACGGAUCAUCCACGUAUCGCGGCAUACUGGCUCGCAGCCCGGACGAGUUCGCCAGCCUUGGCAAUCUUGUGCUCGAGCAGGACCUCAGGUUCAACCCGGACUAUUCCAUGUCGAAUAAAGGCCUGCGGAUUGUCACCUUCCUGAAACCCACUGAAGACUCAGAAGACGUCAUCAUGCCGCUACAUUGUUACACAGCUGAAGUCCAAGGAAAUAGAAAGGUACACCUCGGAGUAAUUCUCAAACCUGAAGGCGCCAGUUCGUACGUUCGCGCAAGACCUCAGAUGCUUGGCAAGCUGAUAGAGCCGCCUUCCACCACGGGUGGAAAUAGCAUCUUCGUCGCCAAAUAUGUGCGGAAGGUGGUCGCUACCGAGAAUCGCGAGGACAAUGCGCGCGGUACACUCGACAGCCCCAGCAUGACUCCUGUUGCCUUCUACUUUACGAUCCCAAGCAUUAACGCUCCGAUCCGGUCCAAGUACCACAAGACAGUUAAGCUGCUCGAAGUCGAGCCUAGGGAGCUCUGGGAUGCCCAGAAUAAUGCUUUUCUUACGCGUGGUUUACGGAGCUUCACCGCAUUUCUCAAGUUCCGCGUUGCUUCAGUCUCCACGGGUCAGGUCGCGUUGAUAUGCGGCUUUGCUGAAAACGUCUCCCCGUGGGUCUUGUUGGAUGAUCAACAUGGCGAGCUGUUUCAGGCCACACAGCACAAGGACUUUCAAACGAUGGGCGAGAUUGGUGCGAUAAAACCAAGCUUGAGAAAUCGGAGCCAAGCCAUGCGGGCGGACCAGUCCACUCUUCUUCUUGGGACUUUAAGGUUACAAUUUGUGUCAGUCCAGUUGCGGUGCGAUCAGGCGGUUCACAAUGAAGAAUUGACUUUAAAGUUGGACCUCGAAUUCCACUAA